AUGUCGAACUCGAAAACAAGCUAUAACACUUUCGGGAACAACCCACCGGAGAACGGCACCGCCGAAGAUAACGCUUCGAUGAUUUCUCGUCGGAGUGGCAAGACGGCUAGACGCGCGGGAAGCUCUCACGAGAGGCAUAAUCAUGCCGAGGUUGUACCACUACAGCUUCACCACGACCGGGACGAUGAAGGCAGUGACGAUGAAGGCAGCGACGACGACGACGACCUGCAACGGGUUGACGCCGAAGCCCAGGCGGGAGUCCAGCAAAUCGAGGCUACUGCCAUCACUUGGUCGAGAAACGAGCUAUUGCUCUCCCAACUUCACCCCUGGGUUACGAGUGAAUUCCAGAUGCACUCCCUCACCCCACUUACGAAUAUCCUCAGCAGUCUUAUAGGUGGAUUAUGGAAACUCACCCUCGCCAAGGUCCUCGAUAUCUUUGGUCGGCCCCAAGGUUACGCCAUGUCGGUGUUUAUCCUCACUAUCGGCUUGAUGAUGAUGGCCCUGUGCCGGAACGUGGAGACGUACUGUGCUGCCCAGGUCGUGUACUGGGUCGGGUAUAAUGGAGUCAUCUACAGUCUCAGUAUUUUCAUCGCCGAUACCUCCGCACUCCGAUCUCGAGGCCUGAUGUUGGCGUACGGAAACUCGCCAUAUAUAAUUACGGCCUGGAUCGGCGGCCCCAUUUCCCAAGCAUUCCUUGACGGACCCGGUUUCCGUUGGGGAUUUGCAACCUUUGCCAUUGCGACACCGAUCUUGACCCUGCCGCUGUACUUUUUGCUCAUGGCUGUUCUCAAGAGAGCCAAGGCUCGCGGCCUCGUGCCCGUCCAGAAGAGCGGUCGCACUGUCAAGGAGUCAAUUCGACACUAUAGCAGGGAAUUUGACCUCAUUGGCCUGGCCCUUGUCACUGUUGGGAUGGCCAUUUUCCUGCUCUCAUUCAAUCUAGCGCCCCUUCAGGCGCAGGGUUGGCAAUCGCCCCUGAUCAUCAGCAUGCUGGUCCUUGGCCCAGCCCUUCUCACUAUUUUCGUCUUUUGGGAAAAGAGCCUUCCGGACCAGAGGACGUUCCUGCCCUUCAGCCUCCUCCAGAGCCGAACGAUCCUUGGUGCCUGCCUCUUGUCUGCGGGCCUGUUUAUCAGCUUUUACAUCUGGAACUCGUACUUCCUCUCCUACUUGCAGGUUGUGCACGACCUCGAUACUACAAUUUCUAGCUAUAUCUACUACAUUUUCAACAUGGGCGGUUGCUUUACCUCACUCUUUGUCGGCUUGAUCAUUCGAAGGCGAGGCACCUUUAAGAACUUCGCGCUUUAUGGGGGAUGCCCCUCUACAUCCUUGGCCGGAAUCCUCCUCAUCUGCGAGCAGCUGGCUGCUCAAUCCACCGUUGACCACCAGCACAUCGCCGUCAUCUUCGCCGUUCAGGGUGUCUUCGCCUCGGUCGGCGGUGCCAUCGGCUCGACGGUGUCGACCUCGAUUUGGCAAGUCGUUUUCCGGCGCGAGCUCGAGCGCAAUCUACCUCCGAGCGCGCUCCCGCAGAUUGACCACAUCUAUGCGGACAUGGGGAAGCAAAAGUCCUUCCCGAUGGGAUCAGACGUGAGGAUAGCCAUUAAUGAGGCGUACGCAUCUGCGAUGACGCGGAUGCUUGUGCCUGCUAUAUUUGUGCUGUUCCCUUGCGUUGGGUUCGUCAUGAUGUGGAAGAAUCUGAACGUUAAGAACGUGCGACAGGUUCGAGGAACAGUCCUCUAA